AUGAUGGGAUAUCAUGGUCUAAGGAACUCAUUGCCAAAUGGAAGAGCACUAAUAUUGAAGGGAUACCAAUUUUCAAAUUUCCAAAUUAAAAUAGAGCUGAUAAGCAAAAUCAGAGUGCGAAAUUAUAGCCCAAGCAAAUAUGUCCGACGGUCUAAUAACAAAAGGACAACUACUGUAUCCGAAAUAUCAGCUAAAGAUUCAAGCCAACAAGGUAUAUUACCAUCUCAAACACAAUCUAUAAACACAUGGAAUAAAAAACAUGAUCAACGCAUUGAUUUUAGACUAAAUAUAUCCGAUAUAAACCAUGAGACUGUGAGAACGGAUGAGUUUAAGGAUAGCAAGCUCCCAUUUAAGAGGCCUCCUUCACUUGGACACGGGUUAAAAUCGGUUCUGCAUCAACCAGUAAGUUUACAUUCUCUACGUGAUUCUCGAACAGGUAUAUAUAACUACUCCAAGAUAUUGAACGAUAUCAAACCUGAACACUUAGAAAGGCAAAUAGAGAAUGAAAGUGAGCCAUUAUUCAUUACGCCGCAUAAAGAUACUCGGUUGUUGGUAUUGGCAAAGGAAUGUGGGAAAAAAUACGCUUCAUCUACUAGUUCUAUGACCUCUAUAUUGUCGCAAUUACAUUUUCUAUUAUCCAGCAACAGGAAGUUAAAUAUAACAAACUCAUCAAUUUCAAGCAAUUUUCCACAGAAAGGUACUGAUUACAGCCAGAGUGCACAUUACCCUGCUUCAGUAAUAUUGAGGAAAGUAUCUGUACCUAAUAAAGGAGAUAUAAUUUCAAUUGACUCUGAUAAGAGCUUGGAUAGAGAAAUAAUACUUUCGAUUUUGGGUCAUAGUCUAGAAAACUUUCUUACCGAUAACAAAACAAAUAAAUUUACAGACAGUUAUAUUUAUUCUAUGGUUGACAAAUUUUUGUUAAGAUCACAGUUAGAUGCCCACGACGAUUCUCUACCUAAUUAUGGUACCUUUGACUUGAAAACAAGGGCUGCAAGCGCUAUCCGUCAUGACUUAGCAUUCAUAGAGAAAGGUAAGAACAAAACAAAUUACCAGAUGAAUAAAGUUUGGGGAGAGUUCGAAUCAUUAGAAAGAGAGUACUAUGACUUAAUUCGCACUACUUUAUUGAAGUACUCACUUCAAGCGAGAAUCGGUAAAAUGGACGGAAUAUUCGUAGCUUACCAUAACAUUUCUAAUAUAUUUGGGUUCCAGUAUUUACCACAAGAAGAACUGGAUUGUAUUAUACACUCUUAUCUUGAUAAGGACUUCGAAAAGCUGGUAAAACUAAGAAAAUCAAAAUUCAUGUCCAUAUAUGGAGUUGAAGAAUAUUUGCUGAACUAUGAAAGAAAUGAACAAGCUAUCGCUUCCGCAGUAGCAUCCGCAGAAUUCAAGUUUUCGAUGACUCUGCUAAGAAAGCUUCUAGGAAUCAUAGAACAUGAACUUGAACGUACUAUAGGUCCAGAUUGGGCGUGCUGCAAAUUGUUUUUCAAAACGGAAUUUGAAAGCAAAAGAGGCUCGACCUGGAAGAAGCCCUCACUGACCGUUAUCGCCAUACCGCUAGAUAAAUCGUAUGAGGACAAACCACUACAUAUAAAAGGAUUGUCAGAUUUUGAGAUCAAAAGGAAACUGCUUGACAUUGAAAAUGAGAUGUCAAAAACGCUUGCGAAAAGCGAUGGCAAACUUAUUGGACUCAAGUGUCAAGUUGUUCACGAUUACAAAUUAAAUCCAGAAUCGGUUGUAAUACCUGAUUUUGCAAAGGACAAUAGCCAGGUUUUACCUAGGAAUUUGAGGAAAUUUGUCAAAGACGAAUUGAGAGCUGAUAGAUACUCAUCAUAUUGCAAGACUGGAUUGGAGACACCCAAUUUCUUUCAUGAGAUGGAUGUUAAAACAUGGAAAGUUCAUGCGAUCACUGAACCUAUUACCAGCCAAGCUGAGAUAAGUGAUGUAUACAAGAAGUUCACACGAGAGAAACUAGAUGCACUGGAAUCCCAGAGCAUUGUAAAAUUAACGCGUGAUCACAACGAUAAAAAGGAAAUAUAUGACAGGAUAGAGAAGGCGUGGGCUCAAAGUGUGAAUGGUAAAAUAUCCAAGAAGCCUAGAAAGGCCACUGACACUGGUGAGUAUGCCAGCGACUUCCAACAUAUACUGCGAUCCUACGGUAAUAGGACAACCUAG